AUGAAUAACAAUGGUAUAAAUGAAAUAACUGACAUGAUUGACGUUGUAAAUGGCGGAGGGACUAUAACUACCACAACAACAAAUACAAAUAGUACAGUCAUAGUGGUACCACCCACAACACCAAUUUUAGUAAAUCAUCAAAAUCAUCAACUAGUAGUAAAUGAAAUUAAUAAUGUAAAUAAUUCUGUAAAUAGCAACAACAACAACAACAACAACAACAACAACAACAACAACAAUAAUAAUAAUAAUAAUAAUAAUAAUAAUAAUAAUAAUAAUAAUAAUAAUAAUAAUAAUAAUAAUAAUAAUAAUAAUAACAUCAACAAUGAUAAUAGUGCAGUUGGUACACCAAGUGGUAGUAGCAAUAAUGCACAUACAAGUAGUAGUAGUAAUAGUAAUGGCAGCAGUGGCAGUAGCGGCAGUAGUAGUAGUGUAAAUAGCGUAGUAAAAAUGUCAAAUGGCAACAGUGUAAAUAGUAGCAGUAGCAAUAGUAAUUAUAAACCUCUUAUUGAAAAUACCCCCACCAAAGGUGUUUGGAUAGUUGAAAUACCUACAUUUUCAGCUUAUAAAGAAAGUUUCUAUACUCCAAUAUUUAAUUUAUGUGAAUCAAAUUGGAGAUUAUUAAUAUUCCCAGAGGGAAAUAAUAGUCCUGGUAAUAUAUCAAUAUUUUUGGAUUAUUAUGAUAUCGGAACAAAUCCAAUGUUUCAAAAAGAGGCCACUCUCACAUUAACUUUAAUAAAUCAAUUUGAUGAGUCAAAGAAUGUAAAGAAAACAUCAAAUCAUGUAUUUUCAUUUAAAGGAGUAAAUUGGGGAUUCAUUUCAUUUUUAAAUUUACAAAUUUUAUUGAAUCCAAAUAAUGGUUACUUAGUAUCCGAUAAAUUAAAGAUAAAAGUUGAAAUUCAAUCGCCAAAAACUGUUGAUUUAUCAGACCCAAACGAUAUUAAACCAUACGGCAAAUUCUCUUAUCAUUUGACAAAUUUCUCUCAUCACUUUGAAAAUUUUUAUUCACCAACCUAUUAUGUUUGUGGUUCGAAUUGGAGAAUAUAUAUUUUCCCAAAUGGAUAUUCAUCACCAAAUUAUUUUUCAGUUUAUUUGGAUUUGUUGGAUGUUAAAUUUAAACCAUUAAUGAUCAAACAUUUAUUUUUUGCAAUCGAAAUUAUAAAUUUAAAGAAUCCAGAAAAGAACUUAAAGAAAUGGGUCGAUCAUGUUUAUGAUGAUAAGAAUAUGAAUUUUGGUUUCCCAAAAUUCGUUUUAUUAAAUACAUUAUUAAACCCAGAUUCAGGUUUCAUUGUUGAUGAUACAAUCAUAAUCAACAUUGAAUUUACUGUUAUGUCUUCAAAUUUUAUUGAACCUUCUCCCAAUUUUGAAAUUUCAUCAAAUUUGGGACAACCAGACUGUGGUAAAUUUACAUUUUAUGCAAAGAAACAACCAAAUAUAGAUUUAAUAUUUUCACCAACUUUUGAAAUAGCAGGAUGCUUAUGGCAAUUGGUUAGUUAUCCUCUAGAGAAUUUAACAGAUUAUUUUUCAAUUUAUUUAGAUUUGGUUGAUAUUAAAACCAAACCACUACUUAGAAAGCAUAUAUCAUUUGCAAUUGAAAUCGUUAAUCAAGAUAAUCCUUCAAAAAAUUUUAAAAAAUAUAUUAGUAAUAUUUAUUCAUAUAAUUCAUUUAGUUGGUUAUUUCAAAAAUUUAUGAAAAUUUCAACAUUAUUCAAACCAGAGAAUGGAUUCUUUAAAGAUGGCACAAUCAUUAUCAAUGUAGAAUUAAUUGUGAUUGCAUCAGAUUUCUUAAGACCAAUUCCAUUCAAUAAAAAUUUAUUCCCAGCAUUAACAUCAAAUAAUAAUAGUAGUUCUAGUAAUACUAGUAAGGAUAAUAGUCAUAUUGGAAGCACAUCAUCAAGUGCAAUUCAAAACCCUCCAACAAAAAGAUUUUUAAAGAAUACGAUCACUGCAAUUAAUGGUGAUAUUGAUAGUGAAUUUAUUAAAUCUGGUGGUGGUGAAAAGAAACAAAAACAAGAUCCACUAUCUUCAUCUGGUCCUAUUGAUAAUAAUAAUAAUAAUAAUAACAAUAAUAAUAAUAACAAUAAUAAUCCAGAUGAAUGUACAAUGUUGUCAGUAUCAAAAGAUGGAAUGAUUGAACAACAACAACAACAAUUGGCAUUGGGACAAUCACAAGAUUCAAUGGAUAUUGAUACAAAAGAACCAAUUGCAUCAAAUCAAUUAGAGGAAGUUACUGGUUCAUUUAGUUAUAAUAUUGAAAGAUUUUCAACAUUGGAUAAAAAUUUCUAUUCACCUGUUUUUAAAUUAUACAAUACAGAUUGGAGAUUUUAUAUUUUCCCACGUGGUAAUAGUGCAUCUGGUUUCUUUUCUUUAUAUUUAGAUUAUGUUGAUCCAAAAACUAAACCAAAGAUAAGACAAUACAUUUGUUUCAUUUUAGAAGUUGUUAAUAAAGAUAGUAAAAAAUCUGAAAAGAAAUAUUCGUUCCACACUUUCUGUUAUAGUAGUGUUAAUUGGGGAUUUAAAAAGUUUUUACCAUUAGAUACAAUUAAAAAAGAUGAUUAUGGAUUUUUAGAUAAUGAUACAUUAACAGUAAAAGUUACAAUUUACUUUUUAUCACAAAAUAUUUUAGAUACAAAUCAUUUAUUAUCUUAUUCAAAUGAAACAUCAAAACAUAUUCAAUUAUAUAGUAAACAACAGCAACAACAAAAACAACAACUACAACAACAACAACAACAACAACAACAAAUUAGUGAUGUAAAUAGUACCGCCACCAGUAAUAAUAACAAUAGCAUAUUGGAUGGAGCCAAUAGUGAUAUUAUCAAUAAUACAAAUAGUAAUAAUGAUGUAAAUAAUGAAAAAUUAAAAAAACAAAAAUCGGAUGAAGAAAACUUUUAUUAUCAUACGAUCAAGUUAACUUUGGAUUAUGAUUUUGAAAAGAGUCAAAGCUUUGAAUUAGUAGAUUUUGUUAAACACAAUCCAAUAAAGAUUAGAAAACUUUCAACAUUGUUGGAAUUGAAACUCCAAAUUCAAAUGAUAUAUGGAGUAUCAUUUGAAAGACAAAGAAUUUGGUUUUGGGAUCCAACUCCAACAAAAGCAAGUAGAGUUACAAGAUGUCCUUUAUUAUUAGAUGAUGAAGAUAUUUUUUCACAAUAUUUAAAUAUGCAUGGUCAAGCAACCGAAAUGAGAUUCCAUUUGGAAGUAUCAAAUUUACCAAAUCCAAACGAAAAGAAUUUAUUCUUUGAUCCAAUUAAUAAUGAUUUGAUAUUGAUAUUUUUCAAAUAUUAUGAUCCAUACAAAAAGCAACUCGAAUUCAUUAGUACCAAAGUUUGUCAAUCAAAUUCGCCAAUCAGUUGCUUAAUACCAUUUUUAAAUCAAAAAUUAUGCCAUAAAUCCGAUGAUCCAAAUUCACCAUUGUUAUUGUUUGGUGAAGAUUCAAAUGGUGUCAGUGCUUUAGAUCCUCAUAAAACUUUAAAGUCCUAUGAGAUUGCCAAUGGUUCAAUGAUCAUUUGUCAACGUUCAUUGUCUUUACGUGAGAAUGUACAAUUCCCAUAUCUCUCAGAUUACUAUAAUUUCACUUUCCACAAAGUAGUCAUUGCUUUCCAAAUUAUGAAUUACAAGAAUACAAACUCUCAAACUGAUCUUAGCUUUAAAAUGGAAGUUUUAAAGGGUAUGAAAUAUAAAGAAAUCAUUAAAAGAAUCUCUGAAAUCAUUCAAACUUUCCCUCAAAAUAUUAAUUUAUAUUCAUUACCAAAUGGUGAUACUUCAGGUGCUUUUAAAAUUAUUAAUCCAACAAUCUUGGGAGAAAAAGCAGUUUAUGAUACUUUACUCUCAACACAAAGAAAUGUUUCAUUGAUAAUGGUUGAAGUUAAAGAAACCAUUUUACCAGUCCAUUUCUUAUCUUCUUUGGAUAAAACUAAAGUAUUCAACCUCUAA